CUGUUUGCCGUUGCCGUGGUGACGCUCCCGGUGUUGCAGCGCGGUGAGGAGCUCCCGUCCUCCCCACGGACCUCCCGACCGUUCGCUGUUGGCGGAUGCGGAAUUUCAGGGCGGAGGGGCGGCCGGUGUCCAGAGGCGGCCAGAAAGGCGGGAGCUUCGGUGAGGAGCUUGACUGAACGAGCGAUAAGACACUGUGGGAAGUAGAAUGUCAGAAGAUAUUGAAGGAAUUGAAAAAGAAAUAGAAAUCGAAUUAGGCAGAAUCAGUGUUUCUUCAUUUGAAACAGAUGAUCCUGACACAGAGGUAUCAGAUGAACCCUUGAGUGACAGUGAGACAAUUUCAGGUGACUUACCAGAAUCAGUUCUCUCCUAUUUAAACUUUAUCAAGAGCAGCAAUCAAGAUGCUGAAAGGCUUAUACUGCAAGACUUAGAAGAUGAGCAAAGUACAACAAGUGACAUUUAUGAAGUCGUUUCUUGCCAUGCUUCUGAAUCAAAUGAAGAUCCAGAACAAUUUAAUGAAAAAGUACUUCUUGAAGUUGAAAAUGAAGACUUGCAGAUUGCUGAAACACCUGGUUAUAAUCAGUCCAUCAGUGAUGAAGUGGUCACUGAUGACCACUUUCAUACAGCUGGUCUUGAAAUGAGCAUAAGCCUUGCCCGUCGUGAAGUAGAAGAAAAGUGUAGACCAGCACUUGAGCGUGAAGAUGAGAAGAAGAAAAAGCGGAAACCUGAGGGAGAAUCACGGGAAAAACAGAAUGAAGAGGAACAUGCAAGAAGUGUGCAGCAUCUGGAGCAAUUUGAGGCUGAAAGAAUAAAGUUAGAUCUUUUUCAUAAGAAACGCCAGGCUGCAAUAGAAGAUGAAUUACAGAAGGAAGAGAAAGCUUGGAGAGACAAAAUGAGAGAACAUGAGGAAUGGAUCAUGAAGCUGCAGUUGCAAAAAGAAGAGGAGAAAAAGGCCUUGGAAGAACAGAAAGAAAAAGAAAGACGACAACUGGCUGAAAAACAGACUAUAGCAGCUGUGAAAAUCCAAGCUAGAUUUAGAGCAUUUUUAGUCCGUAAAAAAUAUGCUCCCAUUUUAAAACAAUGGAAAUAUGAAAUGAGAAAGAAGCAGAAAAUACUAGAGGAACUAGAGAGAGAAAUGAAAGAAAGAGAGGAAAAACUGAAGAGGCAAAUGGAGGAAAAUAGGUUAAAGAGAGAAGAGGAAAGAAAGAGACGAGAAGAACUUGAAAGACAAGAAUAUCUGAAACAGGUGAGGAGGCAUGAGGAAUAUGAGAAAAAGAAAGAAAGCCUGAGAUUGGAAAGAGGAAAACAACUGCAAAUAAGAAGAGAAGAACAAAUAAAAUUGGAACAAAACAGAGCAAAUGCUGUGAUGAGUGAAAAUGUAGAAAAUAACAUAGAAAACAUAAAAAAGGAUAAUAAGACAGAAAACAUGAAAGUAAUAAGAGAAGAGAAGGAGGAAAUAAAUAAACAAAUAGAGGAACAAAAAGAAAAACAUGCUGAAAUGAUGGAUGAAACAAAUAAUUGUAUGAUUCCAGCAGGAAGAAAUUUGACACCAAGUGUGCUAGGCUCUGAGAAGGAACACUCUUCUCAAGUGACUAAUGAGAACUUACACAUGAAUUCAGUAACACAAGUAGAAGAAAAUUACUCACAAACUAGUUAUCUUGGUAAAGCUCCAAAUGGUCAUAUUUCAAGGGAUGAAUCUCUUGACUUUGGUGGUAAUGACAUGGUAGAAAAUAAGGCAAACUGCAUAUGCAGCAGUCCACCAAGUACCCAGCCAAAUACUAGUAAUAGAGAAGUUAAAGAUAAUUUUUCUGAGUAUGAAACAAUGAAGAAAACUUUAUUUCUAAAGGAAAAUGCUAAUGAAGAAGUCAGAGACACCUGGGACAGUAGUCAAGAUGUAGCAGAUUCUUCUAAUAAACUGAUUUUUCCUGAUGAUAUUGAAAAUAAGAGAAUAAACUGGAUGAACACGUAUAAAUCUUGGUCUAAAAUAUAUGAAAAAAACCAAAGAAAGCAAGUAACUGUAAGAAAACGCCUAAGGAAAAGUUCAGUUAGCAAGAUGCCUCCACUAAGUACAGAAAAGAUAAUUCAUAGUGGCCCUUGGAGUGCCUUGCAGCAGGUCACAACACUUACACUCGAAGAUUUGCCAGCUUGUAGCCUCUCAACUUUAUCUGAGUGUACAAAUCUUCAAGUUUUGACUCUGAGGCGCUGUGGACUGGUUGCACUGGAAGGACUAAGUGGCUGCAAAGACCUGAAGUAUAUCAAUGUGGAGGAGAACAAUAUUCAGGUAAUUGACUGUGCAAAUCUGGAAAAUCUCUGUAUUCUCAUUCUGAAUAAGAAUCAUCUUUCAUCAGUUUGUGGCUUAGAUGGAUGCAAAAAUCUCCAAAAUCUUGAACUUUCCUACAAUAGAAUCACUCGAAUUGGUGGUCUGGAGUCACUGAAAAAUCUUCAACAAUUAAUUGUGGACCAUAAUCAGUUAAUCAGCACAAAAGGUCUUUGUGAGGCACCUACUCUCAUUCACCUAGACUGCUCUUUCAAUCAUCUCACGCAAGUUGAAGGCAUUGAGAAUUGUGGCCUACUUCAAGUUCUGAAAUUGCAAGGCAAUAAUCUCCAGGAGCUUCCAAGACUGGAAAAUCAUGUUCUCCUAAGAGAACUAUAUUUGGAUGACAACAGCAUUUCUACUAUGAGAAUGCUUUCUUUGUAUUGGUUGCCUCUAUUGCAGAUCCUUUUGCUGUCUCAAAAUAGAUUAACUGAGCUUGUGCCUUUAAAUUCAUUUGUAUUUUUGGAAAAGCUAGAUCUCAAAAAUAACUACUUGUCAGAUCUUAAAGAUGUCCUUACAUGGUUUAGUGGCUGUCAUAAAUUAAAGGAGUUGUCAUUGAGUGGAAAUCCUCUUCUCCAAGAAAAGAACUGGAGGUCUUCCUUGUUGGAGGUCCUUCCUAGUUUACAAUUGCUUGAUGGUGAAAUCUUAACCCAUCAGACUGAAAAAAUCAAAGCGUCUGAAUUAGGAACUUUUCUGGAACUUUGUCAAGCUCAAAUUGAAGAAAAUAUUCAACUGAAAAAAAAGGCUGCUCAAUUGGAAAUUACCUCUUCUGUUGAUUCUGCACUGGGACAAUGCUGGUAUUUUAAUCAGCUGAUGAAACUUAGUAUUAAACAUCGAUAUGUACAUGAGUACGGUGAACUAAACAUUACUGACAGAGAUGGACCAGAAGCGCUUCAAAAUCAUUUAAAACAAACAUCCACUGGCUGCCUACAGGAAAAUAACCUCUUUAUCAUGGGUGUGACAGAAAAUAAACAGGUCUUGUUGGAUCCUUCCAAAAGAUGGAUUACUACUGGCGAUAUUCAGGCCACAUUCAUUAACUCCUCCAUACCUGUGCACCAGAAGGAAAAUAGAGGAGAUCAGAGAGUGAAGCAGAAGAGCACAGAAUCUUGUAUUAAUUACAGUGGGGAGAGCAAAGGCAACAAUAAUAUGUCAAGCCAACUCACUUUGCAACAGGCAGUGAUAGUAGCAAGUGAUACGGGAAGAAAUCUCCAGCACUUUGGGAAUGGUACAGAAAGACUACAUAUGGCAGCAUCCUUGAUCCAGUCCUUCUGGAGGCAGUACCAGACUCAGAGGAAAAAUAAAUGCAAUAAAACAGAAAAUCAUCAGUUUAUAGAAACUUUGAGACAGAAACAUGAAGCUGCCACAGUAAUCCAGGCAUUUUGGAAGGGUUUUCUUUUGCGAAAGAAACUGGCCAGUGCUCUUGCAGAUGUUACAAGUGAUGAAGUGGAGGAUGAAUAUGAGGAGAUAAAUGUGGACGCUUUCACGUUUUCUGAAGCUGCGUUAGAGAAGGAAUGGCUAACUCUAGAUUCCACCCGUUUCCCUUCAAAAACACUCCUGCUCUCAAACCAGCUGCACUGGCCAAAGAAGUUUUCUAGGCCUUCAGAUUCCAGUGAACAUUCAGAUAGUUUGUCAUUAUUGCCACAAGAAGUUUGGCAGUCUGCUAACAGACCACAUUCAUACUCAGCAGAAAAAAUCCAUUUUCAUGGCAGGUCAGGGAAGGAAACAGUGUCAUCACAGCUUUCUAACUGGAAAGAAAAAAAGAAGUUUUUACUUAUGUCUGAAAAAGAAGAGAAAAUAUCAGAAGAAUGGGGUUUUAAGGAUAUUUCUACUGCACAGCUAAUGCUGAAGAGGGCCCAUAAAAUGAAACCUAAAAAAUACAGUAAUAAAUAUUUAGACCCAGCUGUGUGCCUGGCGUUGUUCAAAAACAAUGAAAAUAAACAUCUCCCUGUGAAACCACCAGGGAAGACGCAGCCUAUAAAUGCUGGAUACUUUGAAGGAAAUGGAGGGGAGAAGUCAUAGCAUCAACAGCAAAACAGCAAGUACACAUGUGUUAUCUGUUAAAUAACAGAAUCACUACUUUUGAAAGGGGAUGCCCUGGGAAGUGAAACAAUUAGAACAGUUUUAGAUUUUCAAACUGGAACACAUCAUGGUAAUGAAUAUUUAAGAAGAAAUCUAGUUAAAAUGUAUGAUGAAUGUCUUUUGUCUUCAUCGUGGUUUUGUGUGUAAGAGUACAAACAAAAAGGAAUAGAAGCAUAAGAGGUAUAAAAAUAGAGUGAAAAGGAAUGAGUUUAAUAUCUGAUGCUUUUGUGUUCCUGAGAUUAUUAUUCUGUCAUAAUUUGCCUUCUUACUUUCCUGGUACAAAAGUUUUGGCAGGUUGAUAUGCAAUAUGUUGAUAACAACUUUUGAAAAUUUGUGCAUAACUUUAAUCCCAUAGGAUAAUGCACGCAUCUCUAAGUUGACUUAGACAUUGUAGGAAAAUACAUUUUCAAAAAUUGAGUUAUUUAUUCAAAAUAUUCAAAAUUUAUUCAUAAAUUUUUAUUAAAUUUUGGAUGAGUCAUCAUGCUUUACUCACUGAUAUUAGACAAAUCUCCACCAGGGACCAUUAUUUCACAUUUGUAUCACAGUAGCACACAGAAUUUAGUCAGAAAUAAACCCUUUUGUAAUACACACCUCAUGCCUACAGCAUGAGGAGAUAUUGUUCUCACAAAGAAGAGCUUACCAUUUAAAAAUACAAGCAGCAUGUGAAGGCACAAACCAUGGGAAUGUAAUUCAAUGCAUUACUGUAUAUAUAUGUCAAUACAUUUACAUACAACACGUGUCUAUACUCACACAAAUAUAUAAGCAUAUACCAUAAGUGGGUGUAAUAAUUCAAUAAGCAUAGCACUUAUGACUUUUUAUUUGUAUAUUUUGAAAGGAAAGUAAAUUAUGAACAAUUACUGUCUGGUGUAAUUACUAGUAUCAACAUGCAUUUUGUAAUCCUAACACAUUCUGUCAGAUGCAGUUUCAGUUUCUUUAAAAUUAAUGCAUGUGGUCAUUGUAUUGUGGAUACAUUAAAACUAUUAUUUAAAUAAAAAUAUAUUUGAAUCUUUAUUAUAUAUUGUGACAUUAACUUGAGUAGGUUGUAAAGUAAGCCAUAGAAUAUGCAAGUGUAAAUAUGUAUUUACUGUUUCUUUUAACAAACUAUACCCUGAUCAAAAACCUGAAGACAGAUGAAAGCCUGACUUGAGGUAUUCCUGAUGAUUUGCUGGAUGUUUUCUGGGACUGUGUAUAUUACACUGCUCUCAUUGGUGUGAUAAGGAUGUGCUUCCAUCAUGGUUGUUGAGUUUCAUUUAGUGUCAGGUAGCUGACAAACAAAAUAUGUAUUCUUUAAUGAAUAUUGUGGUUCAAUGAAUAUUCUUGGAGAUAUUUUUGUGGUUUGUAGAUGAUGAUAUUUCAAAGAUCUCAAUAUUUUGGAAACUUUAUAAGGAGCACAGAUAAUUGUCUUAAUUUCCUAUUUUGCAUCAAAGCAUAUUUUUUAGAAAGCUUUAUGGCUGCUUGUCCUCUUUUUGUCUGGAGGCUAUUUCAGUUGUUAAUUUAAUGUAAAAUAGUCUUGACUGUUUUGGGUAAAGUACAUCAGGCAUUGAAGGAAGAAUCUAUCCUUGACUCCUCUUGGGAAGUUCCAGUUAGUCCUGGAUGAACGUGUAACAGAGCAUCUCUGCCAUUUGUGGGUCCAGAAUUACAGGAUCUGUAAUUUCAUUUACACAGAGGAAGGAUACUUUUCUAGCCAACAGUGUGAAUACUUAGGCCCAGCAGCUGAAAACCAAAGAAUGAGCCCUAAGGCCAAGCACAUUGUUUUGCUAUGAGCUUUGCAAACAGUAUGUGUCUUUUUGGGUUCUCUUUAAUCCAGUUUCCUCAACAGUUUUGGUGGGUUAUCCAAAUAAUUUUUGUUCAGUGGAAUGGGAAGCUGAAUUCCAAUCUGUAGAGCAAGUUGGAAGAAUGCAGUAAAUCAGCUGAAAAUCCAUUCAAACUAUCCAAGUGUUAUUUGGACAUGAUUCACUUUAUUUCAAAGAAUUUCAUGGACUGUGCUCUAUUUAAUUUUGUAGGUUAGGUGAUUUAUUGGCAUAUAUGGUAUAUUUAUUUUUAGUCAUAUCCAUAUCCAUCAGUGACACAUCUAUACCAUACACUUCAAAGUGAAAACAGUGCAAUGGGACUUCAUCUAAAAAUAUGCACAAUGAUUUCUGCCUGGAAGUUUAACUAUGUUAGAAGUGCACUGGGCUGUGUUGACAAUAUAUGUUUGCUGUAGUUUGGGAACCUAAUUGGCAGUACUGUAUUUCCUGUCAUUUUAUGCUCAUGGUGACUAAAGAAAAUAUAACGGGUAUAGUGUUAAGACUGAUUUCACCAAUACAAAUUUGAUAAUGAAUAGAUUUUGCUUUCUCAGGUGACUUUUAAUUAUGGCAAUAUUUAUUUAUUUCUGUUGAAAUUGUAUGUAGAAAUAACAUUUAUUUUUCUAGAAUAAGAAGUAAAAUGAGCUUGUGAUUAUAUCAUAUGAUUGGAAGAUAAAUAUCAAGGAAUCCACUUAGUCAUCUGUUUUCCAGCUUUCUAAUAGUUCAUAAUUAUGAAACUCCUUGUAGUGUCAAGUGAAAAGUAUUGCAAAACAUUCUUAUAGAUUAUUAUUAUUAGUGAUAAUUGAAAGUACAAAUGUGAGACUUUGGAAAGUUGGAAUUUAAGGUUAGCUAUUUAAGGUUAGUUAAUUCUGUGAGUUUAUUAAAAUAUUGUUGCAUCAUGAUCAACAUGGUUGCUUAGAUUUUCUGUAUUAUAAAAUAUGAAUACAUUGAAAAAAAUUGUGUAUUAUAUUUAGUAGAAUUUAUAUUGAUUCAAAUCACUGUUGCUUGAAAAAUCGCUUCUACCUGACCGUUAAGAGAAGGUACCAAGGCUGGAAUGCUAAUAUUCAUCUUUAUACAGGCUUUAAAUGUUUUUUUUGUUUGUUAUUUAAGAGCAUUUAAAAAGACAUUGAACUAUAACUGAUGAUUUGUGUUAGUUGUUUUCAUCUUUUAGAAAUUAGCUAUUUUUAGUGGAGAAAUAUUAAUGGCAUCUCCCAGGAAUCACAUUGUUUGUAAACUUCCAGUUCUAAAAUAAAUAAUCUUUUAUUGAUCUGUUGUCUCAAGAGGAUUAAUAACCACAUUUGAAAUCUGGCCUUGAGUUGAAAUCUUCUAUGAGUUGAAUUCCCAUGUUCACAGUAAAAUACAACUAUUACGUAUCUCCCAGGCUCUAAAUUUGUAUGCCACAUUAAGGAUGCAGUUUCUAAUCCAUACAGCACUGACAAAAAAAUAAUGCAUUUUCAGAGAAUGUUAGAUCUGUCCUGAAGUGUAAUGAAAAUGUGUUUCAGAAACUUGUAGUUCAGAAGGGGAUCUAUCUUUUAAAAUCAUGAUUCUCUGGCUUUGUUUCUUAUUAUUUAGUUUGAACUCACACAACAGAACUCUCGCAUUGAAAUAUUUUCUCAUUUUAAGGAAUUAAUGGCUCUCCACCAGCCCUUCAACAUGUAAAAUGAGUAGGUUACUUGUGUCCAGUACAUCCAAAAAGAGCCAGGAUAAAAUAAACAUAAGGAGUUGGAUAUCUUGGAAAAAAUCUGUCAUGGGUUUGGGUUAAUCAUCUCCAGAAGAAAUUCAACUUGAUGCCUGAAAUGUAAGACUUCUUGGAGAAAGCAGUAAAGCCUGAGGCAGUGUUGAUCUGAAGGAGUGCUCUCCAUGGGUCAGAGCUGCUCUGCUGGCAGAGUGCAAACCCAGUUCACAACAGUGGUACGCUGAAAACUUGUAAAGGACUGCAGGGGCCUUACAGUGCACGCACUCAAGCUUCGGUUACAUAGUUCUACUGGUCCAGUUUCUUAUUAUAAAAUAAAACUGAAAAAUAAAAUCUGUGCCUAAUUUUCUAGCCUCCUGUCUGUCAAUGAUAGUGUAGGAUUUUUUCAGUAUGCAUGGAAUGAAGCAAUCCUGAAAUUAUGUUUAAAAAUAAAUAUGUAAAACAUAAUUUAUGUGCAUUUAUGCAGUCCACUUCAG